ACAUGCGCGUGCUGUGGCAGCAGGAUAGCGGAAGAACAAAUAUGCAACAAAGUUUUUCUUAAAGUUUACUCAUGCCUGAUUUUAUAACCGUCAGUAAUCAUGACAUCUAAGCUUACAGAUGCACCUCAAGAUGAGCUGAUUAAUUUAAUAUACCGGCAUUUAAAGGACAACGGUUACAGGAAAGCUGCCAACGUGCUGAGAAAGCACGCGCCACAGGUUCAUGUUGAAACUAAGGAAGUACAAGCCUCUUUAGGAGAGAUCUUUAAGAAGUGGGCACGUAAAAGGAACGAAGACUUGGAUGAUGAAGAUGUUCCUUCUCUGCCAUCAGGCAUUCAGACUCCCGAAUUGAAGAGUCCUGCAAAGAUCAAGACAGACCCUCUAGCUGUAAGAAAGUCCCAUAAGAAACACAACACAGCUGGAAACAUGGCUUCCUCUAAAGUACUCAGUCCACAAAAACCUGAUGAUACAAACAGAAAGAAAACUUCACGGGGAUCACCGAGCAAAUCACAGAAACAGAAGAAAAAAGAAAUGGCGAUGAUACCAAGGAAAGGAAAAACGUUCACCUCAGAAGAUGGAGCUUCUAAAAGUCAAACCGUCUCUUCUGCUGCAGUGAAUGAUUCUGACUCUGAUUCUGAGACCAGUUUAGACGUGGAGAAAUGGAGGACACGAGUCACACAGCUAUCAGUGAAGGAUUCUGACUCUGAUUCUGAGACCAGUUUAGACGUGGAGAAAUGGAGGACACUAGUCACACAGUUAUCAGAUGCUGAUAUAGUAAAGAUGAAUGUCCUCUCAAACUUUGAUAAAUCAACUAUCUCCUCAUCUGGAAAGUCCAAAGAAAAGAGAAAGACCACAAAGGCGACAAAAUCUAAAAAAGAGGGAGACCCACCCAAGAAUAUAAAGUCCAAUACGCCAACCAGGAAAUCAAGAGCUAAAAAUGCUAUCAUUCCUCUUAAGACUGUUACAACCAAGACACUUUCAAAGAAGUCUAAAGACAAGACAGCUACUGCUGUGUCUGAGCUUCCUAAAGUUAAAACCCCAUCAAAAAAGGCUAGAGAUAAGAAAAUCAGUAACAUCUCAGGUCAUGAUGUGGUUGAGACUACUGAAAUAGCUGCUCCUGGGGAUGCUAAUGGUUCCUCAGAAACUCCAUCUAAAAAGGCCAAGAAAAAGAAAUCAGAAAUCCAGUCUGAUGCAGAUAAUGUUGAAAAUCCUAAUUGUUCAUCAAAUACUUACAAAGUUGUUACAAAUGCUAGCAAGCUUGCGCAAGCUAACUGUGAAGACGCCAACCAUAUGAUUGAUGAUGCCCAACUUAAGUCAAAGAAAGUGAAAGACAAGGGGUCUAAAAGUGUCGUAGAGCCUGUUGAUGGUGAGACUCAUUCUAAAAAAGUAAAAGCUAAGAAAACAAAAAGUCUUGCUAAGCUUGAAGCAGCAACAUCUGAGAAAGUGGACGUCCUUGAAAAUUCUGAAACACCAACUAAAAAGGCCAAGACAAAGAAAUCAGAAAUCCAGUCUGAUGGCAAUGUUGUUGAAACUCCUAAAAAAAGUGACGAUAGUCUGUCAAAUACCAAAGAAAUCGUUACAAGUGCUAGCAUGCUUGCGCAAGCUAACCCUAGUGAAGACGCCAACCCUACGUUUGAUGUUGCCCAUCUGAAGACUGACCAAUCCAAGACGCCAACAAACAAAGUGACAGACAAGAAGUCUAAAACUGUUGUAGAACCUGUUGAUUGUGAGACUCCGUCUAAGAAGGUUAAGUCUAAGAAAACUGAAAAUAUUGCAGAGAUUAGCAAAGAAACAACAUCUGAAGACAUUGGUGUGCUUCAAGUAUCCGUUAACCCUGAAACUCCAUCUAAAAAAGCCAAGAAAAAGAAAUUGGAUAUCCAAUCUGAAUCCGAUCAGGUUGAAACUCCUAAAAGAAACAAAGAUAGUCCCUCAAAUGCUAAAGAAGUAAUUAAAGAAGUUAAGAAAGUUAAAAAUGUUAGCAAGCCUGCGCAAGAUAACUGUGAGGAUGACAACAUUGCGAUUGAUGACGGCCACCUCAAGUCAGACCAAUCGGAGGAACCAUCAAAGAAAGUGACAGACAAGAAGUCUAAAACUGUUGUAGAACCUGUUGAUUGUGAGACUCCGUCUAAGAAGGUUAAGUCUAAGAAAACUGAAAAUAUUGCAGAGAUUAGCAAAGAAACAACAUCUGAAGAAGUUGGUGGUGCGUCAAGUAUCCGUUAACCCUGAAACUCCAUCUAAAAAAGCCAAACUUAAGGCUGUUAAAGACCUUUCAGAAGUGGUUGAGUCUGAAACUCCAUCGAAAAAAGUCCGAGUUCAUGGAGGUAAGAGUAUUUCAGAAACCGUAGAGUCUGAAACUCCUAAGCAAGCUAAAGCCAAGAACGAUUCUGCAAAACCUGAUCAGAUGGAAACACCUUCUAAGAAGUCCAAAAUGCUUUCAUCGGAUGCGAAUCUCCAGCAGUCCGACCCUACGAACAACUCUUCGAAAAAAAGAAAGAACAAGGCUUCCUCAGAAGUUUCGGAAACCCAGAAUGACGUACUCCUGGAAACAGAACUAGCAAGUUUGUGUAAUGAGGAAACAUCUAGUCAAGAUCUUAAGUCUCCAUCCAAAAAAAGAAAACGGCCACAGGAAGAACCGAGUGACAUCUUGGUGCCAGAGGAGGCCAUGCCGAAGGCCAAGAAAGGGAAAAAGAAAAACACGGAGGUUGAAAAUGAGGGUGAAACAACACCACAUGAAGUAGCUUCUGUUACUGUUGAAACCAUCCAGAAGAAAAAGAAAAAGAAGAAAGAAGAGAAGUGUCAAGAGCUAAUCCCUGAGGAUUCUCCUGUGUCUGCUCCACCUGAAGAGGUGGUAGUUCACAAAAAGAAAAUGAAGUCUGCUAAAGAGAAACGGAUCAGAAGUGCUGAAGCUCAUGGACUCGACGGCACAGAACAGACAUAACGGUUCAUCAUCUCAUUGUGGCUCACAUCUUAAAUUAUUACUUUGAAAUCUGAAUGCAUGCUCUGUCCCUACAGUGUGCGUGCGUGCGUGCGUGCGUGUGUGCGUAUAUGAAUGUCUGUUUUUGUAUGUUUUAUAUUUUUAUGGAAGGCAAUUUCUGGAAAAUCUUUAUUAUUUUUUUGUUGUUGUUUGAUUUAUUUUUCUAUCUAUAUUUGAUAACAGGUCUUUGUGAUAAAGAAUCGUUUUAAGUCUUUCUAUUAUUUGUUGUAUUUUAUUUUUUUAGGAAAAAAAUCAUGGGAGCCAAUGGCUAUAAAGUCGAUCUCUUUUAUAGUUGUGAUGGUCAACUGAUGAAGUUUUCAUCAUGCAUGUUAUUUUUUUAAGAUGUACAUAAAAACAUUAUGAAGUGCUUAAGAUCAAACAAAACAUUUUAGAAAUGUCCUUUUUGACAUCUGUUAAAAAACUAAACUUUUUGGAAGAUUAAAAUAUCUCUG